AUGUCGGCCACCUUUCGGUGUGGAUUACAAGAUAUUUUUUUGCUUUUUGAGCUGUCCUCUACCCGCAUUGCGUUACUCUGCAUUACCACAGAGCCUCCCGAAAGGAGCGAUACUGUGGGGAACUCCGUGGACUCCUGGCUCUUCUCAUUAAUUGUUCGUAUUUUUGGGGCUUUACCGUACCCGCUUAUAAUCCCGGAAAUUCGUGCGGAGAUGCGACUCAGGCGAUAUGCAUAG